AUGAAGUUCAUACAGGACACAUGCAAGUCCACUCCCAAUUACGAUUUAUGUGUUAAGAUUAUUUUAGCAGACCCUAAGAGUCAAGAUGCAGAUUUAACAGAUUUAGCCCUAAUCAUAGUUAAUGCAGUCAAAGAAAAAGUGACAGCGGAUGUCCCUGAAGCAGUUACCGCAUUGACUCAAGGUAACCCUAAGUUUGCUGAGGACGGAAUUGCUGAUUGCGCCGUAGAGUCGCAAGCAUGUGAGAGCACUUUUGGCCAAUAUGGUCAAGCGUCGCCAAUGACAAAUGUGAAUAAGGAUAUGGAAUAUCUUACUAAUGUAGUCUUCCAUAACUUGAAAAAUGGAAACUCAUGCCUUUCCUUAAUCAGUUACUUGCCUCCUUUUGCUACUAUUGCACAACGUGUUCGCCAUCACACUGGUCGGCUGGUGCAUUGCCCCUUUGCUAUGGUCUCAACGCCCUUACAAG